UUGCUAGUAUGUCUGAUCUGAAACCGGAUGCACAAAAGGACAAAGAUCUGGAAUCUGUGUCUGUCAGCCCAGGUCAUGCUCAGGAGCCAUUACAGAGUCACACAUUCUCCCUGAAGAACAAUACUGCGGGUCUGUCCUCAGAUGAACACGAAAACCCUUUAAAUGGAACCCAGCCGAAUCCAUUUGUAUACAGCAGUGUCCCUGCUGUUCCCCAUGCAGGCAAUUCAUUGCCUUCAGGAGCACUUGUUAAUGGACCUGGUUCACACCCCACCUCAGAGGUACACUGUGUCCUGAACAAAGGCGCUGUUUUAUCCAACAAUGUCCUGGAUGCCGCGUGGCAAGUGGAGAAGGACACGAGCCCCGAGGUGUUACCACCACCUAGUGAGCUUCAAUCAGACGCUUGGAAGAACACAGCGGGGCUCGUCGUAAAAACACCAGCCACACAGCCAGGUGUCAACACGCCACUGUCUCACUCGGAGGAGAAUGAGUCUAAACUGGCCUAUUCCACUCUGUCAGGUGACGGUGCGGAGCAAAUGCACAUUAGCCAACCUUUGACAAAACAGACAAUGAAAACAAGAUCUCGACGGGAUGCAGAAUGGUCAGAGAGCUCCUCGGAUGAUUAUGAUGAUGCUGAAGUAAUCAGAUGGGAUUCAGGCAGGGAGCGAUUCUUGCACAUUGACAGAAGGCUGGAGACCAAAGUGAUGCACCAAAGAGACAGGAAGCACAAUACACAUGUAGAAAUCAUGUCAGGCUCUACAGAAAAGGUUAACAACAGCUUAAAUCACACAUGCACACAACGCUUCUGCGCCUGUGGUCGCAAUGAUGUAGAAAAUGUUGACAUUGAAAACAAAGAUGAUUCUUUGGGUACACAGUCUAAUAUUAAAUAUUCCAUUGUUCCCCUGAAAGAUCUCUCUAGAAGCACAGCUUCAGACUCUGAGCACUGUAUUUAUAGCUCGGCACAGGAAGGCAGUAAUGAGGAAAAUGACCCUGAAGAUGAAGACAGUUUUAGCCCCAAAGUAGAACAGAUAAAGACAGAACAAGUUGAACAAGAUCCGCUUUUCUUUUCGUGCACAAAAUGCAAUGUUAAUUACAAGGAAAAAAGACAUUUCCAUAGACAUAUGAUGUAUCAUUUAGGCAAGAAUAAUCAGGUGAACAGGGAGGAUGUAUCCCAGCCCUUUAUAUGCAGGGAGUGUGGGCGUUUGUUCUGUGAUAGCAACUCCCUUCUGAGACACAUCGUUAUUCACCAAGACAGGCUGGAGAAACUCAUGGAGGAAAUCAAAGGUCUCAAAAAGAGUGAAUUUGAAGACAAGGGCAGCACGGCGCAGUGCCUUCAGUGUGCAUCUGGCCCCAAAAUCUUUGUCCAGCAUGCCAAAACACACAACAAUCUAAGGCAUUACUACUUUUGUGAAAAAUGCAACUACCUUUCACUGACACAGCAGGCACUUGAAGCACACUUACGUGCUGCACAUCUCGAAACACACCAGCAUCAGUACAGAAAAAGAACUCUUGCUGAUGAUGCAAAGAAGGUUGACAAACCUCAGGGUUUUUCCACCAGUGAAGGAAAAGUUAUUUUGGAAAGAAAAGCUGGGUUGAAGGGUAAACAUUUAAACUACAGGGAUUUCAAAAAGGUUGCAGACAAGCCAUCAAUUCCUGAGUCCAAACCAUUUAAAAGCAACGCCCUUUCCUUCAACUUUUCCAGAAAAAAGAGCAACAUUUACAUUCACAAAACUUUGAAUUCCCCUCAAUGUCGUCACCAAGUGGUUUGCACUGAAGACAGUCCCUCACCAAGCUUGUGGAGGGUCGACCAGCAUGGAAAAUUACUCCUACAACCUGCAGGAAAAUUAGACACAGCACCUGAUUUUACCUGUAUGAAAGAAGAUGCUGGAAACGAUAACUGCAAGGCUUUUGGCAGAGGAAAGCAGGAAAACUGUCCUACAAAUGCUGAGUCUUUACUCUUAGCAAAAAAUCCUAAAUUAGACCAGAUGUUCUGUCAGGAUAACAAGAACGACCGGGCAAGUGGGACUUUGCAAGUGAGAGCAGACCAAAACUCUCCAUUUACGAGAAAAAUGUCUGCACCCUUGCAUAAAACUAUUGACAAUAAGACUGUUUAUAAAUUGCAGAGGCUUAGCCAGAGGCAUGAGAGAAAUCGUGUAGAUUGGGAGAAGGAGAAAGGCUCUAAGGGCAGCAUUAACUUCAACAAUGACACCAGCAGAGCUACAGGCAGCUUCUUGGAAAGCAGCAAGAAUGAAAGGAACCCUUAUGCUCGGAGGUACUUCAAAAAGAGGCAGAGGUUUUCAGCCCAAGACCAAAGCCCUCAUGUAUUGGAGUACGAAGAUGGCAGAGAUGAAGACUGCAGCGACAUAGAGCAGCUCGUCAUCAAGGAGGAGUAUAUAGAUACCACUGAGUGUGAUCAUCCCACAGGGUCCAACAGUGAGAGCUCUGAUGUUUUCAUGACACCAGAGGUAGAGCUCAAGCCCUGUCCAUACUGCCCUGCCAUGUUUGAUUCAGGAGUGGGAUUGUCCAAUCACAUCCGAGGACACCUGCACAGAGUUGGCUUGAGCUACAACGCUCGGCACAUGAUUUCACCAGAGCAAGUAACAAUGCACGACCACCUGCCAAGAAUCCGCAGCCGGAUCCCCCGUGGCAUCAAGAAAAUAAGAAAAGCUGUUAAGGCAGAACCUGAAGUUGAGCACAGAUGUCCCCUGUGCUGGGCUCAGUUUGAUACCAAGACUGGCCUCUCCAACCAUGUGAGAGGACACCUGAAGAGAAUCGGCAGAAAUGUGACCAGCACCAGUAAGUCUCCUCUGUCCAUCCUAAAUAGACUGCUUCAGGACAAAAAGGAACAUCAGAACAUCCUCCAAGCCCUCAACAAGAGCCGGUACCCCUCACGAUACUUUGUCUCUCAGAAGUUAAACAGCAGAAAAGGCCUGGUCCUCGUCCAGAGGGGUGUCCCAGUCCGAAUCCAUCAUAAAGUGAACGGUCCACAUUCUAUAUUGGAAAACUUUGUACCAAAGCAGGAGAAAGUCUUUGCUGAAAUGAAGAGCUUUCAGGUAAAAGCACAAAGUGGCACUGAAGCCUCACAAAGCACUUUAGUGAAACUACUCCAGAUGAAACAGGAAAGAGACACAACCAAGAAGGAAGUCCAUGUAACCAGGGAGCUCUGGGAUCUGAACGAAGAUCACACAGAAGAGAAAGUGAUGACCAGUGUGAAACCAGAGCCACAUCAUAAAACAAUCCUAAUCCAGUGUAACAGCGCCUUCCCCGGGCUUCCAGGUCAUCUUGGAUUCGAUGCUCAGAGGAAGAGGAUUAGCACAUUUGAAAGACAAGGCUAUGAUUAUAAACAGAGGAAGCCGAGAUCAAGGCCUGGACUAAAGAAGAAGUUUUUUCCCUCUUUGAAUGCUGAGAUUUACACACUCACCUGCAGAUUCUGUGACCUCGUCUUCCAGGGCCCUCUUUCCAUCCAGGAGGACUGGAUCAAACAUUUACAGAGACACCUUCUGCACACCAGCAUACCCCGUUUAGGGGCAGGCAUGGUAGAAGUUCUGGGACUUCAUCAAAAAAUACAAAUAAGCAUGACUGGUGAACACCAAGAUCAUGAGUAGAGUAAAUGCAUUUAAACCUUUCAGCUGCCUGAAUUUGCACAUUAUUUAUAUUUAUGAUCAGAGUAAGUUUUUAGCAUUAUCCUGUAAGUGUUUAUAAAACAGGGAAAUAAAAUAUGUAACUGUAAAUUAGGAUUAUAAUAUAGAAUACACUGUAAUAGCAAAACUAUUUAUUUUUGAAUAAUUUAAGGGCAUAUUUAGAUAUUUUUGAAAUUGGGUUGUAUGAGGUAGUUGGCAAUAGUAGUAACAUUAGAGUAACUAAUAUAAAACACAAGAGCUGACACAUAGUUUUCAUAAAUUAAACAUAGCACACUGACUGGAGCUUGUCUAAUUAUCAGCCAUUAGAAGAAUAUAGCAUCAGCCAUAAAUUUAUUUUUUCCAGUCAGCUCUUCUGGUUGAUGUUGGUAUUUCAAUUUAUCUUCAGAAAGCUGAAGGUCCGUAAAACACCAGCAUUCAGUAAGGCAGGGAACUCUGGAUGGGGAGUGAUGCAGGCUGCAUCUGUGAGCCACUAUUCUCGAUCAGAAAUGUCCUGAAAAAGUGUUGUAACUAAGUCCCCUUCAUGACAACAGUAGCUCUCGUGGGCAUGGGCUCACAGUUUUUUAAAGACAAGCGUCUUCCCUCUCUUGCAUUGCACUGAAUCUCCAUCUGUAGAAUUUGUUUUUCUGUGUACUCCGGUUUAUACCAGUAUCCGUUCAUAUCCAUAAUAAACGUCACAUCAUCAUCACUUGAGUCAAAAUCACACAUUUAAGUUUUAAUUAGCUUAGCAUGUUGUUUUCUCUGAUGAAGCCCGCAAACCCAAACAGCUGUUCGGAUACAGUGAGGCAGAAGAGCACACAGCUUAAGGUUGCAUUGAAAAAAUUAUGCCAAUCAGAGGCUUUCUGGGUGAAAAAUGAAACGCUUCAAAAAUGUUUGAUGUAGUCAAAAAUUAAGCCAGCAUUGUUUUUUUGCCCAUAUUUACCUUGAACUUGUUAAACUACAUGGAGAGACUAUACCUGUCUGCUACAAUGUAUAGCUUCUCCAAGUGAAUCCUGUUUAUAGGGGCAAUGUUCACUGAAUUCUCUGAAGGCUAAUACCACUACUAUCACCCUUACAUAACCCAACUUCAAAAAUACAUAAAUAACCCUUUAAUUACAAGAUACUUGUAUGACUUGUUUUGCCUUAGUUACCUGGGCUGGUUACACACUAAACAUUUACAUGUCAUAGGAAGAAAAUAUAGUGGUGAUCCUUUUUGCUGCCUUUUAUGUGAGUUUUAGUAUGCAAAAUGAUUUCAGUGAUGCUUCCUGGUCUGCUCGGCCUCUUUGGCUGCUGCAGGUAUUCUGUUGGAGGCAGCCCCAUCUGGAGUUGUAACAUCAAACAUGUUUGAUGUUUAUGAGUCAUGAUCUGAGAGGAUCCAACUUUAUGGGUCAAUCACUUUGACAACUAUCUGGACAAGUUAUUGGUUGUAACAAGCCUUGAAUCAGGCCACCCCCUCAUUUUUUGGAGGGACCAAUAUCAAGCCUAAUAUUGUCUAGUGUGUUGCCAGUCUGAGCUAAUUCAAUUUAUAGGAUUCUUAAUAUUUUUGCUGGAGUUAGACACAACAGUGCACAGCUGCAGUUGUUCAAAAAUGCUGCUUGUUUGUCAUGAUAGAAAAGUGCCUUGUUAUUAAGACAUAGUAUUUAUAUUCAUGAAAAAUGUUCUCUUUAGAAAAAGAAAGAAACCUCCAAUCAUCUCAGUUUCUUGUAACUUUUAACACCACAAACAGAAAACUUUCUUAUUACAAAAAGAAUAAAUCUCAAAACUUUAUGUGAUAACAAGAAAAGUUAAAAGGCACAUCGACAGACUCACAGCCACCAUAAAACAACAAUGCGCUCUUGUUAAGCAGUGAAAACACGGCUGUCAUUAAUCUGUGGGUGCUUUGAAGGAUUUCACCUCUCUUGUGUCGUAUCAGAGGAUCUAUAGGCUUUACUGGCAUGACAUUCGACAUGUGUUACCAAAGAAACAAAACAACAUUUCUUUGAAUCAAAGUGACAUUCAGGGCGUGCAUCAUGUUGGCACAGCUUGUUCUGUUGUUCCUCUGAUUAAACUCAGGCAUCAAUGUAAUUUCUGAAACCAGGCUUUCACUACAACAGCAGAGACAACAGAUUUUUAAAGAGAAAAAUAUCUUCAGCUGAAACCAGAAACUCACACAUGCAACAAUAUUGUUAUAUUUUGUUUUCAUUGUAAUAUCUCUGUACCGAUGUCUAUAUAGUUUUGUAAGAAAAAAGCAAUGCAGAAAACCAACGUCUGGAAGAAUGCAGUCCAAGUACCAUUGGUUAUGAUAAUCUGCAUGCACUUAAUGUUCUUCAAGCACUUCCGAACCUCAUCAUAUUAUGUAGAUUAAAAGGUACAGUUCCAUAGCUAAACAUAAUAAUGGACUAUGCAAUGAAGAGAGGAUAUAUAGUUUUGAAGAGAUGAUUGAAUAGAAUUUGAAGUCUUCAGGUUAUCCCACAUGGAGACUAUGGACUAUAACAUCAUGCAAGUGUUAGAAGUAAAGCUACUUUUGUCAACAUUUGACAAUUUUAAGGGCACAUAACAAAAUUGUAUGAAUAUUUUGUAGGAAAAAUUAACAUUUACAAAUAUAUAUUCUGUGUAACUGGCAUGUAUCAGUAUCAGUGUGUAUUUUCCUGUCUGUAUUGUUGAUAUUUCGCUAUAUCAACAAGAUGUUAUUUCAAGCAUUCUAUUAAGGUAUUUUAUGUAUCUAUCUAUUGGUAUUUUCUUCAGAUAUUCCUCUUUUUCCUGGAUACUUAAGAACUCAAGCACAGAUGUCCCUUAUAUACAGCAUUAUCUCUAGGACAUCAGUUAAUCAAUGUUUAUACAGUAUAAAUCUUACUUCCAUACUCAGGCUUGAAAUUUUUAGAUUUAAACAGUUGGAUUCUAACAUAACUUUUUUUUUUAAUGAUAACUGUAUAGGAAUUGGUUACUUUAGGGAAGAUCCAUUAAAUAAUAGUGCAGCUUUAGCUGUGUUAUCACCAAAUAAAAAAGCAUCUGAUCCACAGAACACUUGCAGAGAGGGAAUCCCUGCUAGUUGCACAAAAAAUGCACACAAAUAGCAACCAAUCCACAAAGACCAGGGCUAAUUACCACAGACAGUAAAAGUGGUCCAAUUUAACACCAAAUUAAACCAGGUAUUAAACUGGUGCUAUUUCCCUCUUCUACCUUUUUCUCUAAAGUCAGUUGCUACUGUAUCUUCUAAAGUUGUGUUCCAACCAGACUCUAGCAUGUAAAGUUAGUGUAAAGACACGAGUAGACACAAGUUCGGCACGAAUGUGCGGCGCAAAUCAAGCAAAUUGAGCAAGUAAUUUGUGCCAAUGAGGUGAAUUUGAGCCACGUUCAACGCACCAUUUGCUUAUUUGUGAGGGCUGGAAAAUCUGAACUAAGCAAUUCAAUCGGGCUGCGAUGGCCAAUCAUCCAGUGCCGUAUUUUACACACAUUACCAAAGGAACUCUGAUUUGAAAUGUAAUGUUGUAUUUUACAGUGCAGGGUCAAACCUUGGAGCAGCAGGGAUUUGUAUUGGAUACCUUUAGUUAAAUCAGCUCUCAGAACAUUUUUACAGAAAGACUUACC